AUGGUGGAAAUUCAUGAAGUGGAGUCAUCAAUGGCUUUUCUAGAAGAAGAAGAUGAAUUAGAUGAAGAAAUAAGCUAUGACGAUCUCAAGAAGCGCAUGUGGAAAGACCGCAUGCGCAUGCAAAAGUUUAAAGAGAAGCGCGGCGAAGAAGAAAAAGAAGAAUCAGUAGCAGCAAAGCAAGAGGCGUCUCGUCGAAAAAAGAUGUCGAGAGCUCACGAUUCGAUUCUUAAGUACAUGGUGAAAAUAAUGGAGGUUUGCAAAGCUCAAGGGUUUGUUUACGGAAUUGUUCCGGAGAAAGGUAAGCCUGUUACGGGAUCAUCAAAUAGUCUACGUAAAUGGUGGAAAGAUAAAGUUCGAUUCGAUUUAAACGCACCAUUAGCCGUCGAAGAAGCCUUGCCCGUAGUUUUAGCUCAAGCUGAAUUACCAGACCCAGGUUCUUGCAUGAAUUUGCUUCAUGAUUUGCAAGAUUCUACAUUAGGGUCUAUUCUUUCUGCCCUGAUGCAACGUUGUGUUCCUCCACAAAGACGGUUUCCGCUAGAACGAGGGUUAGCUCCGCCGUGGUGGCCAACGGGGAACGAGAAUUGGUGGGGCGAACAAGGAUCAUCGCAAAAACACGGUGCCCCACCAUAUAAGAAACCUCAUGAUCUUAAAAAGGCAUGGAAAAUUAGUCUUUUGGCUGCAGUAAUCAAGCAUAUGUCGCCUAAUUUUGAUCGAAUGAGACGCCUUGUGAUGCAAUCAAAGUGUUUGCAAGCGAAAAUGACGGCUAAAGAAAGCGCAACGUGGUCUAAAGUUGUUAAUCAAGAAGAAGUUCUUAUGAAUCUUACGAAAAAAUGCCUCCGAAUCAACGACGGUCCUUACGACACCGAUAAAAAAAUCGACGGUAGUAGCGAGAGCGACAAAAGAAAGUGUGUUUUUGGUCGAGAGGCCUCGUUUGGUAGAAUGUAUUCGUGCCAAAACUUGCAGUGUCCGCAGAGUCGGAAAGAUUCGAGAUUCGGAGACAAGAACGCGAGGUCUGAUCAUGAACUCAUGUGCGCUUAUCGCGUCGACAAAAGCGGUAAUUCAUCCGCAAAUGUUUUUCCUUGGUACGAUGAAGACUUGACGAGUACUGAUAAUACGGUUGAUAAUGAAGUGGAUGUGUUAAGCGUAACUGAUUGGGCUAAUACAGUGCUUGAAAAUGCUAAUUUUAGCUGCAAACUAAGUACUGCUAUGGAAAUUGGAGCGCAGGAUUAUCCAAGUGAUGACUGGGGAAAUUGGAGCGCAGGAUCAUCCAAUUUGGAGGUUAAUCAAAAUUUAAUACGAGAGAAUCUAAAUGAUCAUGUAACAGCAACUUCAAUAUGGGAUUUGGGAUAUGGGUGGACCGGAUUUGGCCAACCAGAAACAAACUAA